UUUAUUAAUUGUUUAUUUAUCUGUAUGGGCUGACUCGGGUGAUUUUCACCUUUCCUUUGUCUGUCCUCGAAGCCAUCAUAUCAAUCACCCAUCAUGUUCCGGGUGUUAAAGCUGAUACAGCGCGGGGGGGGGGGGUUGUCAUCAAAGGCAUCGGGGUGGCCGUUAUCACCAGGAGUCCUGCAGACCUCAUUUCACUUUCUCUGACAAUGACAGCAGGAGCUCUGCGCCUCUGGGUGCUCCUCGCGCUCCGGAUGAGGUGCGUCACCCUCCUCGCGCUCCCUCUGGACAGGGGGACGGCACCGGGGAGGGAGCACGGGGUAGAUACGGAAACGGGGAGCAAAAAGCUGGACGGGUUGUUACAUUUGAAGGAUUUACCGCGAGGACCGGCCUUGGCUCCGAACAAAAAGGCGCCUCAGUUCAUGUUGGAUCUUUUUAACGCGAUGACGGUUUCCGAGGGGAGAGCCAAGAGCCAGAAGGAGAUUCUGGAAGGAAAUACAGUGCGGAGUUUUGAAGAUAAAGGUAAUUCUGGAGAGAGGUUUCACUUCUUCAAUCUGUCCUCUGUGGGCAGAGAGGAGAGAAUGAUCAAAGCAGAGUUUCGUUGGUUCAGAAAGAAACAGAGUUUAACCCCUCGAAAGUCAUUUGGGCCUCAUUUUAUAGAGGGAUCUGUACGAGGUCUGGGAGCAGGCCGAGUGAAGCCAUGGAGAGGAAACCUCAUCAGCCUCCCAGACUGGUGCCUCUGCACACGAAGGGAAGGGAAGUCUCAAAUUUCACUCCCAAACGGAUCAGCGAGGUCUCCGUCAUACCCAAGAGAAAGCCGAGAGCUGAUGGACACCACCACGCCUUACCUCGUCCCUCUUCUCCGACGACUGGAGGACGGAAGCGUCAAAACCAGUCGUUUCCUGGGUAACGAUGAAGGGGGUGUGUGA